GGGUUUCAAUCCCUCCCCUCCCUCCCCGUCCAUCGUCCCCCUCCCCCUUCCCUCCUCCCCGUACCUUUCCGCCACUGAGUCACUGAGUCACGGCAGCGGUGAAGGAGAGCAGCAGAAGCAGCCGGCCAUGGGGUCGAUCCCCGAUCCGGGCGAGUUGACUCAUGAGUUGACUCAGCCGAGCUUCGACGAGUUCCAGAGGCAGACCUCGCUCAUGACGAGCUGCACUCUACUGUGGAAGGAGCUCUCCGACCACUUCACCUCGCUGGAGCAGAACCUCAUGCGCAAGUCCGAGGCUCUCAAGCACAAGCUCCGGGCCCUCGACGAGCAGACCAAGCAGUCCCUCACUGUCCUCGAGAAGCGUGAGACGACCAUCGACGGCAGUGUGGAGAUCGCCCUCAAGAAAGUCGAUAAGAGCAAGGAGGCCGCGCUCACCGCCCUCGAGCGGGACUCCGAGGCCGACUCGGAGGACUCCCCCGGCGAGGUCGACGACGGCGACGGCCUGCUGGCGAGGCUGAGGUUCUUCUGCCUGAAGAUGGACGCCAGGGGGUUCUGGAGCUUCGUCACUGGCAAGAAGAAGGAGCUGGACCUUCUGAGGGAGAAGAUGCCUCUCUCUCUGGUGGACUGCGUUGAUCCAGCGAGGUUCGUGCUGGAGUCUAUAUCGGAGGUCUUCCCGCUCGAUAAGAGAGGAGACCGGGACAAGAGCGAUAGGGGGAAUGAUCUGGGGUGGGCCUGUGUCCUGAUUCUCGAGUCGCUCAUACCGGUAGUGGUUGAUCCCGUGAUCGGGAAAUCGAGGCUGCUGGUGACUCCGAGUGUGAAGGAGAGGGCAAAGGAGAUUGCAGAGACAUGGAAGGCGAGCUUGGAUGAGAGAGGAGGGAUUGAGAACGUGAAGACGCCCGAUGUCCAUACUUUCCUGCAGCAUUUGGUGACAUUCGGAAUUGUGAAGAAGGAGGAUGUGGACUUCUACCGGAAACUCGUGAUCGGGUCUGCUUGGCGCAAGCAGAUGCCCAAGCUUGCGGUCUCCCUCGGUUUAGGUGAUAAGAUGCCCGACAUCAUCCAAGAGCUAAUUAGCAGGGGACAGCAGCUUGAUGCAGUGCAUUUUACAUAUGAAGUGGGACUUGUGGACAAGUUCCCCCCUGUGCCCCUGCUGAAAGCUUUUCUGAAGGACGCAAAGAAGGCAGCAGCUUCUAUCUUGGAGGAUCCAAAUAAUGCUGGCAGAGCUGCGACCCUUGCUGCACGCAAAGAGCAGUCGGCUCUCAAAGCUGUGAUCAAGUGCAUUGAGGAGUACAAGCUUGAGGCCCAGUUCCCUCCUGAGAACCUGAAGAAACGUCUCGAGCAGCUCGAGAAGGUCAAGACUGAGAAGAAGAGGCAGCCCAUUUCUGUCCCAGCGAACAAGAGAACGCGGGCAAACAAUGGUGGGCCUAUGCCGCCGGCUAAAGCAGGUCGUAUCACGAAUGCAUAUGUGUCAUCUUUCCCCGCCCCUCCUGCCUUCGUCAGGUCACCUUCCCACGGUCAGUACCACGCUGGAGUUUCCCCCUAUCAUUCCCCGCCUACCAGCAUUUAUGGAAGUGUGAGCCCACCACCACCAAGCCCAUAUGUUUACUCACCGGAAGGAGCUCCUCCUGGACUCGCCGGAUCCUACCCUGCCCCUCCUCCGAUGAGCUAUCCUCCUCCUCCCUAUGCCGGAUACGGGGGCCCAGCUUAUCAGCCGGCUUACUACCGAUAGAAGAAGUUGACAAACCUGGGACAAGAAGAUGGUAACCACUGAUUAUCAUAAUCAUGACUCCGUAAUCUUUCCGCUUGUUUUAAUUAAUUCUCACUUCUCGCUUUGUCUGUAAUCACUAACCGUCUUAAUGGUAGCGAUGAUGUGUGUUAAGUUUCGGCUCUUGCAUGGCUUCCGCAAGAAACUUGUAUUUUCCAGAUGUUCAUGAUCCAUGUGUAGUAGUAGUAUGUGGAAAGGAGAAAAAAGAAAAAGAAAAAAAAAAGAUAGGAUAAUUAUAAUGCUCGGUCCGCGUUUUAAGUUCCAUAACAGACUUGAAGAAAUCCUUGAAGGGACUGUUUAGCGCUAAA